ACAAGACAUGAUUAGAUUGAGAUUUCCGAACAUGAAGAAUAUCGUGCAGAUUUCCCCUCGUUUUCUGGCCGCAACCAUGGUGUCAACUUCGAAAGCCAUCUUUGCAGGGUCGCUGAUUUUAGCUAUUGUAUUGUCGGUUUCAUCAUCUACGAGACAUGCCGUUGCAGCCAGUCAAGUUGCAGGCCCUAAGCACCACAGAAAACCAUUCAAGCCCGGUCCAUGGAAGCAGGCUCAUGCCACCUUCUAUGAGGGUGGUUCCGGGACAUUCGGGGGAGCUUGUGGAUACGAGGAUGUAGUGAAGAUGGGAUACGGUCUAAAUACAGCAGCAUUGAGCACAGCCAUGUUCAACAAUGGACAGAAAUGUGGUUCUUGCUUUGAGAUCAAAUGUGUAGAUAAUCCUCAAUGGUGCAAACCCGAACAGUCAUCACUCAUCCUCACUGCCACCGAUCAUUGCCCGCCGAACUACAAUCUGCCUAGUGACAAUGGAGGAUGGUGCAACCCUCCUCGUGAACAUUUUGACAUAGCCAAACCUGCCUUCUCUCAAAUUGCAGAGUACAAGGCUGGCAUUGUUCCUGUUCAAUAUAGGAGAGUACCAUGCAAGAAGGAAGGAGGCAUUAGGUUCACCAUAACUGGCAACCCUUAUUUCAAUCUGGUCUCCAUAUCGAAUGUCGGAGGAGCUGGGGACAUUGAGAGCGUGGAAGUAAAGGGUGAUGACAAGCUCAAAUGGACACCAUUGAAGCGAAAUUGGGGACAGAAAUGGGAGACCGAUGCCGAGUUAGUUGGGGAAGAACUUACCUUCCGAGUCAGAACAAGCGAUAGAAGAACCUCUACCUCAUGGCAUAUCGUCCCCAAGAACUGGCAAUUUGGUCAGACUUUUGAGGGCAAGAACUUCAAGUGAAGAAGAUGAAUUAUUAUUCACAUGCAAUUUAGGGUUCUGCAUGGCUCUUCUCUAAUGCUUGCUGGAGAAUGCAAGGACCUCUAACAUACGUAGAAGAUCUCGAUGUAGUAUUCUUAGAACCACAUAUCUGAAUUACUAGGAUUGACAUUUUC